AUGUGGAUCUUUCGAAUAUUUUCGUCCAUCUUCUUUCUCUCUGCCGUGGUCCUCUCCAUACCGCUUGCAUUCGAUGUAGGAGGGAGAACUUGCGGCCUUGCGUUCUCCCUCUCCCUCUCCGCUUUCUACUUCUUCCUCUCUCUCCUCAAGCUCACGACCCCCGCAAGGUCUCUUGUCCGAAACUCCUUCCUCUUUGUCAUCGGUUCAGCCCAAUGGUUCAUCGUCCUAGCUUUGUUAAUAUGGUCACUUAAUCGUUUCUCCAUCGACACAAAUGGGUCCGGUAGUUGGGUUGAGCGGGCGUUUACGACUCUUAAGACCAGACAUAGCUCUAUGCGCCAAUGGGUUUUCGGGCAAGACGGUUUACUGGAGGCAGCUAUUAUUGGCUUUUGGGACAAGCUGCUGUGCUGGUCUACACCUGUAUUCCAGUUAGCGGAAGGCUUUUGCAGCCUACUUGUAAUCCAAGCCUCUGGGCAGAUUACUAGAUUCCUCGUGAAUAGGAGCGGGAGAAGUGAUAGCUGGAUGAUUGGGCUGCUUGUUUUCUCCGCGUCAAUCAUAUCAAGCUCGUUAUACUUUCUCUGGCGUGUUCUCGGGCUUCCUGGGAUCAGCAACCUCGACUCGGCACUUAUCGGGGUAUCCAUUACAUGCGCUGUUAUACUUUGUGCGUGGGGUAUAGGCAGUGGGCGUGGAAACCCUGUCGAAAGCUCACUUUUAUUUGCGUACGCCGUGCUCUGCAUAUACCAGAUUUUUACCGAUUAUCAGCCUUCUGUAUCGAGAGAAAAGGCAAGCCCUCCGCCGCAAACUCUCGAAUUUCCUCCAUUACCCCCUAUUAUCAUGGCGUCAUACACAACGUUGGUGCAUACCAUUUCAGCCUUGCCCUCUAUUAUCCAUACUUUCUUCAGUGUGGUUACGGCGGCCUUCAGUGCUAUUACCCCGUCGGUACUGAUCUCUCUUAUUUACCGCCUCUUUGUUCUCUAUGCAUCAACUAGAAUUAUUCCCGCUGUGCGUGAGUCUGGUGCCCGUGCAUUGUCCCAAGAAGCAUCCCUGGAAGAUUCGGAUGGUGCUGGGAAAUUUCUGGGGCUUCUCAGCUGGUUCUCGCCUUCAAUACUCAUAGCAAUCACUGGAAAAGUGAUUGAAAACAGUUUUAAAUUAGUUAACACGUCGUAUAUAAUAUUACGAGUGCCAAAAGGGGCAGGGAAUUAUAACCCCUGA